AUGCAAAUCCUGGGCAGGGUCCCACGAUUACGGGGUCCGACAACGAAAGGGUACCGAAUCCAGGGUCCCGACGACUGCGGGUCCCAACGCAAAGGACAUCCAACCUCGGGCGCAGCCCCUACGUCCUGGCGGGCAUUCUGCGCCACGAGCGCCCAGCGCGUCCGGCACCGCCAGAGUACAACCCUCGCGCCAGGCUCCGCCGCAGGACCGUCCCACUCUCUGGGACCACCAGGAGAUAUGGCUCACGUCCGGAGGGCACUCGCCAAUCCUCUGGUCGCCUGGGCCGCCAUGAGAUUCCCUCCCCCUCCGGAGACGCUAGGAUGGAGUGACUCCGCCCACAGCACCUAG